UGACAGUUCGCUAUCAGCUGCGGAGUGCGGUUUGUACACAAUCAUAACCUUAUGUUUGUUUAGUAAAUCACAGUAGCUGUUAUGGUUAGAUAACAACUGAUAACAUUAUCAAUCGCAUAUAUAUAAAUGGACGGUAAUAAAAUUAAGCUUUUAAUUACCAAAUUAUUAAAAUGAAGUUCUGUGCCAAUCUAUCUUUUAUGUUUACGGAGGGUGCUACUAUAAUAGAAAGAUAUGGUCUUGCAAAGGAAGCUGGUUUUAGGGCUGUUGAAACUGGUUUUCCAUGGGGAUUUACAAUAGAAGAGGUAAAAAGAGCUCAAGAAAAUGCAAACAUCGAACAAGUUCUCAUCAACAUUAAGACAGGAGAUGUAAGCAAAGGUGAAUUGGGUGUAACAGCUAUUCCAGGAAAAGAAAAGCAAUUUAAAGAAAACCUAAAAGAGACAAUUAACUAUGCUACUGCACUUGGUGCUUCAAAAAUACACAUAAUGGCUGGAAAGUUAAAUACUGUAACUGAGGCUAAUUGGGUAGUAUAUGAGAACAAUUUAAGGUAUGCUGCAGAAGAACUGAGGGAAUGCAAUAAGUUAGGGGUGAUUGAGCCAAUCAAUCAGCACUCUGUACCAAAUUAUUUCCUUAGUGACUUUAAACGAGCUGUUGAUAUCAUAAAAAGGAUUGGAAGUGAGCAUUUGAAAUUGCAGUUAGAUAUAUUCCAUUUGCAACACAUUUGUGGUGAUUUGUCAUAUAAUAUAAAGAAUCUCAUGCCAUAUGUUGGACAUGUGCAGAUAGCACAAGUGCCAAGUCGCAAUGAACCAGAUACACCAGGAGAGAUCAAUUAUGAGUACAUUUUAAAGACUUUGGAGAGUAAUGGCUACACUGAUUGGAUUGGUUUAGAAUACAAGCCAGCUGGUAACACAAAUGAGGGUUUAAAAUGGAUAAAUAAAUAUGGUUAUAGCCUAUAGUGUUAAUAUAUUUUUGUUGUUAUUAUAUUUUUGUAUAUUGUUGAAUAAAGAUAAUUGUUAUUAUUGGAAAACAAAAAUAAACUAAGUUUUUCAUAUUUAUAAUUGUUGGAUAUUUCUUCCUUUUUUAAUCAUUAUGAUGUUAACCUAGUUAGGUUAUGUAUGGGAUUGUUAUGUAUGCCAUAAAAUUCAGGAAAAUUGUAACAUAAGGUCAAUUUAUUUAAUACAUACAAUAAUAAUAAAUACAAUAACUCAAUAAAACUUAUCAAUUAUUUUUAACCUUUACAAAUUGUUUUACCCAAUAAUGGCUCUUCACUCCCUCUAGUGAUAGCCGCUCAUUACCUGACUGUCGUAAAAGCUGAAAUAAUGUUAUGGUCAUAUUAGGAUUGGCUCAUUGUGCUAGUUUUAUAAAUAUAAAAAAAGGCAUUUAUAUUCUUGUUACAUAUAUGAAAGCCUUCAUGUUUUAAUUAUUGUUUUUUGAAUAAGGUUUGAAAAGUGAUGGUUGCAGAAUGUAUUUCUAAUCUAGAUAUGGAUAAACUAGCUAAAAUUUAGUAAUUUUAUGUAAAUGGAUUAAGAGAUGUAUUCUGCCUCAAUCUUAAGUUGUUAACUACACACUACUUGCCAUGUUAUGUUAAAAAACAAUGAACACAAAUACUACUAAUUCACCAUGAUA